AUGAGAACCAGACGCGCCUCCACGAGAGACGACGCACGUCUCGACGGAGUGACCAACGUAGGUCGCUGCGUGCCACUGCGAUGGAGAGACCAACGCCGCGACGAACCACUCUGUGCCACCAAGAAACAUCUCAAACGUCGUUUCUCCACCGCCAUGAACAACCACCGCAAUGUGUCCUUUCGCUAUUGCACUAUCGUGAGCAAACCAUUACUGGUGACCUCCGCGAGUGCGAACGACGCCAAAAAUCCUGGAUUCAGGAACUUAAACUAG